AGUUUUCUCAUCUGCUCGCUGCGCGGGUGCUUUACUUGAGGAUCGGGCGCCGGCCUUGAGCAACACUGACAACGCUGUAAGUGCUACAGCCGAGAAGCAACGACGCGAUGGAGUUAGUUCUGACAAGGCUGCGAGACUUUUCAUCUAAGUCGGCCACUUUCAACCACUGCGAUUCGGCAGAAAUGCCACCUUUCAGAGAACAGCAAGAUGACAAGCCAGAGGGCAGAGAGAAGAUAGACAUUGAAACGGCGCUGGCGUGGCUCAGGAAAGAACUGAUGGAGAUGCGCUCCCAAGACCAGAUCCUGAUUAAGCAGCUGAUGGACCUGCACUCUGGUAUUCAAGAGCUCAAACAGGAGUAUAGCGGCAUCAGUGACGUGGACUCGGAGAGCGAGACCGAAGACAGCGUCUACUCCAGCUCAGGGACUUUUGUCCAGAGUCAUUUCUCAUCGGGCAUGGCAGUUUAUGACUCACCUUUUAAGAAAAAUUCGAUCCGAAGGAGCUCGAUACCAUGAGCAGCUUCAGAGUCGAUGCUUGGGGUUUCGUUUCUCUAGUUGUCAGUGUCUCUUCUAAAGUAGAAAGGAAAAAAGGGUCAGCGGACUUGGGGGGCUUAUCAUCAUCUCAAUGGCCUGGUAUUCUUAAGACCACACGCCAAUGAACAGGACUGCAACAGCAUAUUUAUUUGUAUAGAAGAUGAGACUUUGGUGUCUUUUUGAGGUUGAGGCAUUUUAAUUUGUCCUUUUCAAGAAAAUCAAAAAUCCAAGGUGGGGUAUUGGUUUUUACCAAGUGUAGUCUCCCAUGAUAUGGGUGGUGGGGUGCAACAACUGGAAAACCAAACACUAGUCUGGAAUUACAAAAGUGAUAUUUACUUGCAUGAUGCACACAUGAACAGGUCUGGGACAGACAGACAGUACGUCGUAGACCCCUCUGGACUACGAGAUGCACUCAAGAAUUAGAUAGCAUUUGAGUGGAGUGCCCCCCUCUGGCAGUAGUAUAUAGAAACAGGCCCAUGACUGCUACACUCCAAUCCCUGGACUUGGGGAGACGACAUACUGUAUCUGGGUGGCUCUUUUUCCUUAUUGAAGAAACCAGCCACGUCUAACCUACGCAUCCAGUUCAAGGUUUGGGGUAAGUGGAGCCUAUUGUGGGGCAAGUUCAGAACUAGACCUGGAUGGGGUGCCAGUCGUCCCCAGGGCACACCUAGCCACACACACACACACUUCCUGUCAUUCAUAUAAGGAUAAUAAAUACAAAAAAGGAAAAGAAGUGCAUAGACCAGUAGGUGUAAGGGAGCAGAGGACGGGCGAAGUGGUGCGCAAGGGCCAAAUGUACACAUACUGCAUGUGCAGCACCUAUGAAAGUAUUCACCCCCUUGGACAUUUUCACAUUUUAUUGCAUUUAAUUACAGAUAUAAAACAUAAAAUAAUCAAACCCUUCAUGUCACUAUUUAGUAAGUGGCAGCCAUGACAGGCUUGAAUGCAUAUGCUCAGGUCUCUUUCUCUUCGCGCUGCCAUGUUUCUCCCUUCUUCUUUGCCAGGUUGCUGAAGCUCUCUCAGGUGUCAUGGUGACCGUGAGUGACCAGCCUUCAAGUUUACUCACACAUUCUCCUUUGGAUUGAGCUCCGUACUCUGGCUCGGCCACUCUGGGACACUCACAUUGUUGUUUUGAAGCAAUUCUUGCGUAGCUUUGGCUUUAUGCUUGGGCUUGUUGUCUUCUCCCAACAUGCAGGUUUCUUGCAGACUCUUGUCAUGUUCUCUUCCAGCAUUUCCCCAUAUUGUGUUGCGUUCAUUUUACCCUCACAAGACUUUCAGCGCCUGCUGCGGAGAAGCAUCUUGAAAGCCUGAUGCUAUCACCUCCAUGCUUCAUGGUGGGAAAUGGAGCGUUUGUGAUAAUGUGCAGUGGGACAUGGUGUUUAGUCUGAUGGUCAAAAAGGCGCCAUUUUGGUCGCAUCAGACCACUGAACCUUAUUCCUCUUUUCCAGCCUCUUUUGUCAAGAUGUCCUGUGUGCUUUAGUCUCUCUGCCUCUCUCUCUCUCAUAAAGCGAGUAGCAUCCACUUGCAGUGCCACAGCACCAUACGUCACCGCAGUUAUAGAUCGGAAGUGACAUCACCGUUGUUUCAGGACUGACUUCAUAAAAUUACUUUUGGAAGGUUUCGUCGGGUCUCAGCAAAGCCCGUUGGGUCAAGGGUCCGUUCAAAAUGUAAGUGAUUAAAGUGAGAAGGAAAAACAGUACAUCAAACCAAAUAAUACACAUCAUUGUGAAGUUCAGAGGGUUUCUGCCAUCACGUCGUGUCACACAUCAUACUAAACAAUACGGGUCGUUUCUGUGAAAUAUUAAUAUCAACAUUUAUGUUGUGUUCGGGUCUGUGGGAACCAUUUAACAUGUCGACAAAAUUAAAAUCAUCAAGGUCUGUGUUAAUUGAAAAUAGUUUUUCAUUUACAUUCAUGAAACGAAAUAUACAAUACUAACCGACGCCCGCCAUAGCAUACGGCGGUGUAAGCAUAGGAACGGAAAACGGUGAAAAAGGAAAUCAGAAAUCAAGAAA